UCAUGUUUCUCCUUUCAUUUCAUCCGCUCAACUUAAAUUUCAACUUCAACUUAUUCCAUUCAAUAUGGACUAAACAUUGUAUACUAUAACUCAUUAGCCAAAAUUCGUCUACCGUGUCUGUAUUAAUACCUACAAGCUUAAGUUAUAGUCUGUCGCGGUCGCGGUCGUAACCUCCGAUAUAAUGGCUCCCGAUCGAGGAAAUGUCGAGGAUCCGCCUCCCCCGUAUCCACCCGAUGCCGUAGAAGCUUCCGGCGAAGAUGUCAAGUAUCUUCCGGAAGGCCGUCAUUUUACACUUCGGGGUAUUGCCGCUGGUUUACUUGUUGGGUUGAUUAUUUGUUUUAGCAAUAUGUAUUUUGGGUUGCAGACGGGUUGGAUUUCUAUGAUGACGAUGCCUUCUAGCUUACUGGGUUUUGGCAUCUUCAAGGCUUUGUCACGUUAUCUAUCCUUCCCAUUUUCUCCCGUUGAAAAUGUGCUUGUUCAGUCUGUAGCGGGUGGCAUGGCAAUUAUGCCCCUGGGCUGUGGGUUCGUUGGGGUGAUUCCCGCGAUGGAAUAUUUGUUAAAGCCAUCGGAGCAAGGUCCGAUAAACUUAAGCAUGUGGAAACUUAUUGUUUGGAGCUUGGGUCUUUGCUACUUCGGUGUAGUUUUCGCGGUACCACUACGGCGCCAAGUGAUCAUUAGGGAACAGUUGAAAUUUCCCAGCGGGUUUAGUACGGCUGUUCUCAUCGGAGUACUUCACGGUAAAGGACAUACUCAAAAUGGUGGCGCUUUGGAUCCAUCAAAGGCAGCAACUUUUGGUAGCCUAGCCCUCGAGAAUCGACCACUCGUACAAGCUGAAGAUGCCAACGAUGAAAGGGACAUAGUUGAGCCGGCCGAUGGAAUUCCACGUAUCGAGGUGCAAAAACAGUACAGCUGGGGGUCCAAUAUCCGGCUAUUGCUUAUUACGUUUGGGAUAUCCGGCUUUUACACGUUAUGCACUUAUUUCUUCCCCGUGAUCCGCAAUCUUCCAAUUUUCGGAACCGUGGCAGCAGACACUUGGCUUUGGACAUUAAAUCCAAGUUUCGCAUAUGUCGGCCAAGGCAUCAUCAUGGGCCCUUCGACGACUAUACAUAUGCUGAUCGGUGCUGUUGUUGGUUGGGGAAUCCUCUCGCCCCUCGCAAAACAUCGAGGAUGGGCCCCGGGUUCGAUUGACGACUGGGAGAGUGGCAGUAAGGGUUGGAUUGUAUGGACAUCUCUAGCUAUCAUGCUAGCGGAUGCCAUUGUCAGUCUAGGCUAUAUCGCUUUCAGCCCCGUUGUUAAACACGGGCCGGCUUAUCUCGUGACAGCUAAGCAGCGAUUCCAGCAACAUGGACUUAAAGGCCUAUUUUAUCGCAAACCUAAAGGCUAUACGGAGGUUCAGAAUGGCGAAGACGAUUCGAGGCCUUCAGUGCGGGCAAGAAGCUCAGAGGAAGUCGAUAAUCUGCCAAGCCCGAGGGUUGAGCGCAGAAACCCUUUUGAUGCUCAAUCUGUUGAUGACCGGGAGGUCUGGGACGGGGACGAUGCCCCUCCCGAGCAAUUGGUUGGAAGCAGAACCGUCAGCAUUGGGCUCGUGGUAUCUGUACUUGUCUGUGUUGCCAGCAUCCAUAUCACGUUUGGUGAUCUCGUUCCGUUAUACGCCACGAUAAUAGCUGUUCUGAUGGCGAUGGUGUUGAGUAUAAUGGGUGUUCGAGCUCUAGGGGAGACGGACUUGAACCCCGUUUCCGGAAUCAGCAAGCUUGCCCAGCUUUUCUUCGCUCUUAUUAUCCCACAGACUCACAAAUCGAGUGUUCUGAUCAAUCUAGUGGCUGGUGCUGUAUCCGAAGCCGGCGCGUUACAGGCUGGUGAUCUCAUGCAAGACCUGAAAACUGGUCAUUUGCUAGGCGCAGCACCUAGAGCGCAAUUCUGGGGUCAGAUUAUUGGUGCGACUGUGGGAGCUGUCGUAAGCGCAUUCAUUUAUAGGUUAUACACUGCCGUCUAUCAAGUCCCGGGGGACUUAUUUCAAGUACCCACUGGUUUCGUGUGGAUCUUCACUGCACGGCUCGUUACUGGAAAGGGGUUACCGUAUAUGGCGAGGGAGUUCGCUAUUGGCGGUGCUAUUAUUUUUGCCGUUUUUACUGCUCUGCGUACAAAAGCCAUUGGGAAGAGCUGGCACGCUUAUAUACCUGGAGGAAUUGCCGUGGCAGUUGGAAUGUACAAUGUCCCAUCCUUUACCCUUGCGAGAACGAUAGGUGGGCUUCUAAAUUGGUAUUGGAGAAUUCAUCUGGGAAAGGAGGAUACACCAUUGAUCGUCCUCGCGUCCGGUUUCAUUUUGGGGGAAGGCUUCUUAAGCAUUGUUAACCUGCUGCUACAGAGCUCCCAGGUUCCUCAUAUGUAGAUAGUUGCAUGGCGUUUGCUAAUUGGGAAGGUUGUUACACAUAAACAUACGAUAUAUAUGCAAGAUUUUUAGUAUCAUUUA